AUGACUUUAGACGAGGAGGGCGAUUUUCUCGUAGCCAUUCGCCGCCACAAGACCAGGAGCGUUGUUCCGUCACAGGGGGUUGUAAAACCAUUCUUAUCUAUUCCACAAAGGACUCACGCUGCCGAUACAUCACCCAAUCGGGCCGGGAACAGACCGCCGGCGGAGCUUCCGCUCCCCAACAGCUUGGGAAACAACGGGGCAAAACCGGCGACCAUUUCACAGGAACCAUUCGGUCUUAGAAGGAGUAACUUCCUCGUAAGGUACGACUACUCCGGUAAGAAACGAGAUAGUCCAAAAGCCGUCAGACCAAACACCAUCGGUAGCCUUCACAAAGAGCCUGAUAAAACAUCAAAACACACGCGCAAGAUUCCCUCGCCGGAGGUUAUCGACCUUACUGGGAUCCCAGACAACCCGAACAGCCCGGAUAACUAUCUCGCCCCCUCGAGCCGAAAAGCCAAAAGACGCCAUCUCGAUGACCACGGCCGCGAGAAGCGGCACAAGUCCCAGCGCUCGUCUUUGGAAAGGCAGAAGGCCAGACGUUUGCGGAAAGAUGGUGGCACCUCAGUCUCCCGCUCGUCAGCCUCACACCGAAGUAAGGGGUCGUCGCGGCAUCAACACCGACACCGCCGGGAUGAGGGUGCAAAACCUAAGGGUCAGGAUCAGGGACAGAAAACAAGCAGUCAACAACCAUUGCCAACACCCCGCCACCAGCCCAGCCAACAACAACCACGUCCCCCGCUACCCCAAGGUUUAGCCCAGAGGAGCCAGCAAAGCUCCCUACAUACCCAACUUAGCCAACGCAGCGAUAUUAACACGGCCGGCCAAAAGAAAGAGCCCAUCAACGCCAUGAAGAAUCGACAGGCUCAGGCCACCGGCGCUAACUUGCCCGCCACCAACCAGGAAGACGAUGUCCAAUUGUUCCGGGCUUGUGCAUCUAAGAUACCCGAAAAACGAAGCGCCCAAUUUGUCUCGGGUCUGCCAAACGGCGGUAACAGGAACCUGGAACAGAAUGACCCCCGCGUAGCAAGCCAAAGAAGCGAACCUCUUGCGUCCCCUCAACCGGCUAGCCGUCCACCUCAAGUGCGUCCAGCACCCGUGGCCAACCGCCAGAUAGACCAACCUUACAUCCCCUUAGGACCGGCAAGGGGACGGAAUCGCCAAAUCAGCAAUCUAGGCCAGUCGAGGAACAUCUUCCAACCCAAGCCCACGCCCCGUCAAUCCCAGUACAACCAACUUUUGGACCAAGUCAUGGCCCCACCUGGCCCUCCCCCCUUUUCUCAGCCAUCCUUGAGCCAUCCCCAGCCACGAGCUUUGACAUAUCUCCCUCCCUGCCGCGUUCAACAGCAGCGAUCUUUCCAUGACGACUCCCCACAGCCGGCCAUCCCACCGCGCGAAUCAGUAUCAGCACUCGAAGCACUAGGCUCAGACCGUACAGUAAUCCAAUACGUAGUCUACCGCACGCCGCGCUUCACGGUCCCCUCCGGCAACACCGACGAAGACGAAGACCAAGACCAAGAACAGCUCAUCGAGAAGAUAAAGCAGUCCAAAGCCAUCCGAUGCAGCGAGCACUUUUCCCUGCAAGCGGCCAACUCGCAGGCGGCCGCGUACCAAGACCGGCCGCGCAAGGGCGUCGUGGGGAAGAGCUGGGCCAUGGUCCCCGCCAACUCAUCUCCAUCUCUCACCACCACCUCCCCCACCUCUCUCCCCAACGCAACCCAACCCCACACCGGCACUCAACCCAAUCAAGAACUCGGACGAACCCCUUCAAUUUCGACGCUAAUGAACCGCGUGUCCUGCGCUGUGCCAAUAUUUGUUAAACCCGUAUAA